CCGGGCCGGUGGCUGCUCUGUCCCGCCGCGGACCCCGCGCUCCGCUCCCCCAAGGAUGCACCAUCAGGACACCGCCGAGGUCUGCUGGGAUUGACCCGCAGUAGCACCGUCCCAGGGCUGAGUGGAACCAGAGGAGUGGGAAAGCACUGAGCCUGGGCUGAGCACACCAUGGGGGCAAACACCUCCAGCAAGUCACCACCCUUCAGUGGGAACGAGGAUGUUACCUUCGACCAUUUUGAGAUUUUGCGAGCUAUUGGGAAGGGCAGCUUUGGAAAAGUCUGCGUGGUGCAAAAGACCGACACCAAGAAGAUGUACGCCAUGAAAUACAUGAACAAACAGAAGUGUGUGGAGCGUAAUGAAGUCAGAAAUGUUUUCAAGGAGCUGCAGAUUAUGCAGGGUCUGGAACACCCCUUCUUGGUUAAUUUGUGGUACUCAUUCCAGGAUGAAGAGGACAUGUUCAUGGUUGUCGACCUGCUGCUUGGAGGGGACCUGCGUUACCAUCUCCAACAGAACGUGCGGUUCCAAGAGGGCACAGUGAAACUCUUCAUCUGUGAGCUGGUGCUGGCCCUCGACUACCUGCAGAGCAGGCACAUCAUCCACAGAGACAUCAAGCCCGACAACAUUUUACUGGAUGAGCAUGGACACGUGCACAUCACCGAUUUCAACAUCGCCACGAUGCUGACCAAGGAGAUCCAUGUCACCACCAUCGCUGGCACAAAGCCCUACAUGGCACCUGAGAUGUUUAACUCCACAAAACCCACCGGCUACUCCUUCGCCGUGGACUGGUGGUCACUGGGAGUCACUGCCUACGAGCUGCUCAGGACCCGGAGGCCGUAUCACAUUCGCUCCAACACCUCCACAAACGAAAUCGCCCACGUGUUCAGGACAGCCAGGGUGAUGUACCCCGCCGCGUGGUCCCCAGACAUGGUGUCGCUGAUCAAGAAGUUGCUCGAGCUGAACCCCGAGAAACGUUUUUCUCGGCUGGAGGACAUCCAGGCCUUCCCAUAUCUGUCUGAUGUGAACUGGGAUGCUGUUCUGCAGAAAAGGAUUAUGCCAGAAUUCAUUCCCACGAAAGGCAGACUAAACUGUGACCCAACCUUUGAACUGGAAGAAAUGAUUCUGGAAUCCAAGCCUCUUCACAAAAAGAAAAAGCGCUUGGCUAAGAAGGAGAAAGACACGGGCAAAAGCAAUUCCUCCCAGGCCAGCCACAUCCAGAAGCACCUGGAGAUGCUCCAGAGGGACUUCAUUGUUUUCAACAGAGAAAAGGUGAGACACCACCAAGACAACAUCCAGGAGACCACACCGCUGACAAAAAGCGGAGGCACGUACAGGGAGGACAACCAGAACAACAACCUCUGAGAGCAGCACAGCCCCUGCAGGAGACCUCCCCGUGGGGCUGGGGCUUGCCCACCCACACACUGUCACCGUAUUGGACCGUGGACUCGUUCUCUGCUGCCAGGACCCUGCCAGCAGCCCAGGGCACCAGGGGGAGCUGGGGCACCCACCACCUCAGCCUGCCACCCCACAGCCAGAGGGUCCUGGGUGUGGGGAGAGGCUGUGGGUGCUGCCUUGCAAUUUGCCACAGUCAGCUGGACUCAGAUCCUAUUGUGCUGCCUUUCCUGAUGGCAGGAAUGUGACCAUGUGACAAUGGAUGAGACAGUAUCCACCCUUCUGGCUUGGCUGGCCGGUGCCACAGCUCUUGGUGCCACCUGUGCUCAGAGGUGCCACUAUCCUGUCAGCUGCAGUGCUGGGGCCACAACAGCACCGUGGGUGAGGGCCCUCCAGGAGCUGGGACUCCGGCAUGGAUGGGCUGCUCCAGGUGGAAGAGGCGACUCC